AUGAACCUUAGGAGGAUUUUUCUAGUCAAGUGCUUGCUGCUUUUAUUUCCCAGUGUAAAAUGCUCUGACACCAACCCGAUUUACAAGGCUGUGAACGGCUCUGCUCUUCUUAACAUCACGGCUGCUCCUAGGAGUGUGUAUGAUGCAACGUGGCUGAGAGACAGAAGAAAAUUGCUUCAGAUUAAAGCUAAUAAAGUUAAGUACUACAUGAACAAAGAGCAGUGCCGAUGCAAGAUAUUCCCAAACGGGACUCUGCAACUACAGCAGCUGGUGAAAGAGGACAGUGGAAAGUACACAGUGACUGUUUAUCAGCAGGAUGGAAAAUUACAGGCAGAAGAAGACAUAAUGUUUAUCGUUCAGGAACGUGUCCCUCAUCCAAUCCUUAUUGCUGAAUGCAUAAAUAAAACUGUAUCUGUCAAGUGUGAAGUGAAGCAGAAGACUAAAGAGGAAACAUUUAUACUAGAACUGACUCAUGAUAAAACCAAAAAAAUCCAGAAGAAUGUAACAAAGUUGGAAUUGCACACAAGGCAUUCUGGGAAGUUCACAUGCAUUGUUAAGAACGAAGUCGAUGAAAAAAGAGCUGAAAAAGUAGUGAAAUGCUCAGGCCAGUUGGACUUCUAUCUCAUCUUAAGCAUAGCAGGAGGUGCAAUAUUCUUUGUCAUCUUCAUGAUUUUGCUUAUUUAUUGUAUCAGGAAGAAGAAAGCAAAAAGGCUUGGAGAUGAUGGUAAGUUUAUGGGGCUUUAUUUUGCUAUCCAGCCACCUAGAAUCUUAGAGCUUCCUGCUGGCAGCAGCCCUGUGGGCAGGAGCAUGCUCUGUGCCUUGGCAUGA